AGUGAACAUCGUGGUUACGAUCUACGUGCUCAUGAAAAUUUUCCCGCUCAGUACAACGUCGCGUUUAAACGAUCGCACCGCAAUAUUGGAUAUUUCUUACUUCCUUGUGCUGUGCUUGUGUUUAUAAACUUUAAAGAAUUAUAUUAAACGAAUAAUAUAGGGUACAAGAAACAAAAUGAAGUUCGAACAUGCCCUCACCGGCUAAAGUAAAGUGAAAUGAGGUGUUCCUUCUGAGAUGCGUUAAGGUGGGAGACGGAAAAUGCGGAAGAGGCGUGUGUGACGAAGUCGACUCGGAUGCGUCGGGGCAGUGUGUACAGUGUGAGCGAAGGCGUGGAGCGGUGUACCUGCACUAGGUAGCGCGGGUGCGGGCGCGGGUGCGGGUGCGAGAAUGGCCACGGCGGGUUGAUGGACGCGGGCUGGUGGUCGCCGUCACCGUCGGCCUCGCCGCCGCCGCCGCCCCGCGCCCCGCCGCCGCGUUGCCGCUGCCGACCACUCUCAAACAGCUACAACUGCUUGCCGCACUACGAUGGAUGGCCAGAAAUCGAGGACGAAUCAACAGGGGGUGCGUUGCGGGAGAGGGAGUUGCGAUCCCUACACCGCACCGUGCCGGCUCUGCGUCGGCGGGAACUCGACACUCGCGCAAUCAAACACCAUUUCUACCCCGAGGGAGGAUGGGGCUGGAUCGUCUGUGGAGCAGCAUUUCUUGCGCACCUGUUAUCCACAGGGCUACAGCUAGCCUAUGGAGCAUUACACGUCUACGCUCUCCGUCAUCUGGGACCAGCUGCCGAUCAUGCCGUAUGGGCCGGUGCGAUCUGCGUGGGAGUAUCUCGGGCUGCAGGAGCAUUGGUUGCUGGACGUCGCAAAUCUCCACGUAUGGCUGCUCUCAUCGGAGGUCUACUCUUACCUCUCGCUUGCCUCUUCACAUCGUUUGCUACGCAACUACAUCAAACUCUAUUAAGCUACGGUGUGGUUCUGGGAGUGGGUUGUGGUUUGGUGCGUGAAGCAGCUGGAUUGGUGCUGGGAACAUACUUCAGGAGACGUCGUCAGUUCGUGGAACUAGUAGCACAUGCUGGAGGAGGUGUUGGCAUAGCACUUUUUAGUGUAGCUUAUAAAGAAGCUGUAGGAAAACUGGGGUGGAGACUGGGAUUGCAAGCAGUGACAGGCGUGUUAGUGUUAGCAUUUUUUCUCAGCGCUGUUUACCGAAGCGCUUCCCUCUAUCAUCCGCAGCGUCGCGCCAUUUUACAUCUCAAGAACCAACGAAAAAAGGUAAAAGAAAAGAAAAACCUGAAAUCUUCCUCGUUUAUUGAUUUAACUCCACUAAACUCGCGGUCAGCGAAAGUAUUGUUGCUAGCCGCUGGCCUAGCGGCAUUCGGACUUUAUACUCCUGUAUUUUUUCUGGCCUUGCAAGGUUUCCAGGAAGGAUUGGAAGAGAGUGCUUUAGUUUUGUUACAAACAUUCCUUGGAUUUGCUGCUGUGCUCGGUUGCGCCGGCUUUGGGCUCGUGCUAGUUCGACCGUCCGCACAAUGCCUUGUAUCCAAGCAGUAUUUAUGCCAAACAGCUAUGCUAGGUAUAGGAAUUUCCAUGCUCGCCCUUAGCAGCGUCGAAGGCUAUCAUGGUUACGUGCUUUUUGCUUGGAUGUACGGCUUAUGCUUGGGAGGAUUCUUGUACUCAAUGAAAAUGUUGACGAUGGAACGAGUUCGUGGGAGACAUUUCACAAAAGUUUGGAGUUUCGUGCAAGGAGCCGAGGCCAUACCUGUAAUGGUCGGUGUGCCCAUGACAGGUUACAUUAAUCAACAAGCGCCUAGAGCAGGCUUCUAUUUCUCAACAGCUGCCACUUUAGCCGGUGCGUUAAUGUUGUUCUUUGUGGGAUUUUCGAAACGGGACCCUGAACCGCCGCCACCGAUACCCGCACCGACCAUAUCGGAAGCUUGCCUGUGUGUGACACCACCACCGCGUUGUGAGCCGGCCUGGUGUGCGUGCAGUGCGGGUGGGGCAACUGCCUACUGCGCUUGGCCUGGCCCCAGGUGUAGCGCGCGGUUACCCAAGUCGCUCUCAUAUGCGGCUCCCUUAGACCGCAGCUGUUGCUCAGCCGCUCAUUACCCUGAGUGUUGCCGCCGUGCCGCACUGCUGAGACCUUCGCGGAGUGUUCCAGAAGGUUUAGCGCGGCAGGGCACCUUCACUCGCUCAGCUUCCUGCAAAGCUCCGUGCCAUCGCCGUGAACAUCACCUCAUAGAGCAAAUUACGACAUCCGUGUAAUUCCAAUUCAUCUUUUUACCAAAAUAAAAUGACUUUUGAAUGAUGCUCUUAAAAGUUAUCAGUGAAUUUUGUACUUAAUGAGUACAAUUUUGUAAAAUAAUUAAUGUAAAUAUUCUUAUUCGUAGAGGUUAUUUGUAUUUAAGUCAAUGUGAUAGAUUAAUUGGUGAAGCAAUAACUACUGGCACCAUAAAGAUCAUCACUCAUCACAACUUCACCGCUCUGUAACCGCAACUGCCUGCUUCGAAUACAUCCCUUCACUAGCCCCAAGCAAGAUAUCGGCUUGCUGCCCCCAGGGCUACAUCUAAUUUGAUUCGAUUCGAUCUUCGAUUUGCAUGGAGGCUGUGAGAACCCGCCUGACAGCGCGCAGGUUACGCGUUGUCGCGGAAACGAGAUGCUCCCUUGUAGCGAACGUUCUGAAGUAGUAGUGUAUAGUAGCAGCACGCGCGCUUGGAGCGAGCCGUCAAAACACGUCUGUAGAAAAAAUAGCCCCCGAUUUAAAACCCUAACUUGAUUCAAACGUUGUUUGCUUUGGUGAAGCGGUGAUGUUUUAAUGAGUGAUAACCUUAAACCUUAAUUCUAGUAUAGUAAAUCCCCCUCUAUAAUAAACGUUGCGAAGGAUGCAAUGUUUUAUCUUCUUCUUUCAAAUGUACAAUUAUUAAUGACAGAAAAAGAUAAAUCAUAGUAUAGCUAAUCGCGUUUAUUGGAAAAAGUGUAUAAGUGUAUGACUGGCACAUAAUAUUGCAUUUGGUUAUUUGUCGAUACCGACGGUAAUAUAUUAUGUUAAG